AUGACUGAAAAAUAUUGGCAAAGAUAUAAAGAAACUCAUGAUAAGGAUCCUCUAAAUACAAACGAAUUAUGGGUUAGAGUCAAGUAGGAUUUAAAAAGAAGAGAAAAGCCAAAGCAUCAUCUUGAAUUGUAUUCCUAUUGCAGAACCGAGAAUCCUUAUAUAAAAUAAAUUAAGAGCUCUCCAAAUAUCACAAUGGAGACAGUGGCAGAAUUAAUUUGCAGAUAAUCAGCAUGUGAAUUGUAGUAUUGUAUGAGUCUCCAAAAAUUGGCAGUGGAAAAUAGCAGAUCUAAAAUAGAGUAACAUUUAUAGGGAUGUCGAGAUCAAUACAAAACUAUGACCACUUGCAUUAUGAAUGAGAAGACUAGAAUAAAAUAAAAGGAAGAAGAAUUAAGAAAUCUUGUAUUAGGUUUAGAAUAACCAGAAAUUAAAUAAGAGCCUUAAAAAUAACAUCUUCUUAAGGAAGAACCUGUUAUGUGA